AUAAAAAGUUCUCUCAGAUCAGCAGAUACGACAUCGAUAAGGCAACAAAGACUGUGACAAGGAAUUAAAUUCUCAAUAUUUUCCCGAAAACUCCGUCAGUUCUAAGAAUAGUAUAUUAAUGUGUGACUGAUAUCUAUACUCAGAGUUUUGGGUUCGGAACAUGCGAUUCUCAUUUGUGUUUAGGGAUUGAACUUGAAGUUGAUGCGAGUCUGAAUCUCUUCGAACUUCGACUCGAGAGCGGCCUCCAACUGCGGGCUAUCGUGCGGUGGCAUCUACGGUACCGUACCGUACCGUAUAUACUCCGGAGGUAUGGUCGCUCAGCUCAGCUCAACACAUCUCACUCGGGCUCAGGCUCCUCAGCUGCAUUCUUUGAGUUAACCCAGAAUUUGGACGACUAGCAGCCAAUUGUGCAGGAUUAGAUGAAUGGAUAUCACUUCAGUCAGUAUAUAAAUUUCGGAUUGUAUUACCGCAGCAAUAAUUUGCUGACAAAAUAGUGACAGAAUUUUUCAUUUCUUUACUUUAGACUUUAAAUCGUAAGAUUAAUAAUAUUAGACUUGCGUUAAAAAGACCAAAUAACGCUACUGAAACUUAGUCCGAUCAAGGGCAAGUGCUUUUUGCAGUGCAAGUGCAACACAACAGUGUUAUUCAUUAGGAAACCAAAGUGAAAGUAGAAAAAUUACACAGAGGCAUGUUGCAGGCAGCGGGGAGUUCCAGGAUGGACCCAGGGGGAGCAGCGGUGGAGCUUCGACGUGAUCUGGCAAUGACUCCAGCUGUAGGACAUCAGCAGAAAAAGGGAACAGGGCAUGAAAAUAUAAAUCCAGAUAAUUGUGGACUUGGCCACUUGAAAGGAGACAUUUUAUCAGCUACAUGUCACUAUGACGACGAUGGCCAGAGGUCAUCAGGGAAUUUGGCCACAAGAUAUGGACAACUAGUAGUACUUGGAUACAAUGGAGUUCUUCCAGCCGGGAACCGAGGUAGAAGGCGGAGUACCUUUGGGCUUUUUAAGAGAGAUACAGCUAAUGGAGUGAAACCCGACAAACAGUAUGAAAUCAACGCUUCAAAACAAGGAGAGAUGAAGAGUAAUAUUAAGCAAGAAUCACCUGUUAUCAAGAAGGCAAUCAAGAAUAGCAGUAGUAAACACACGAUAGCAUACACGUUAUCAAGGCAUCAGACGGUGGUUGUAGAAUAUGCAAGUGAUUCCUCAACAGAUAUGUUCCAGAUUGGUAGAUCAACUGAACCAGUUAUAGACUUUGUCGUCAUGGAUACAGUUCCUGGUGCGAAAACACAGAAGGAUUGCGUUGUCUCCGAGAGCACGAUAUCACGGUUUGCCUGUCGCAUCAUUGUAGAAAGAAGUCCUCCACAUACAGCGAGGAUAUAUGCAGCAGGCUUCAACUCAACAAAUAAUAUAUUCCUAGGGGAGAAAGCAUGCAAAUGGAAAACCGAGUCUGGAAUGGAUGGGUUAACAACCAAUGGUGUGCUCAUCAUGAGACCGAAAGGAGGUUUUCAAUCCGAUGCAACACCCGGGGUAUGGAGGGAAGUAUCAGUAUGUGGCAAUGUAUACUCACUCAGGGAAACAAGAUCAUCACCUCAAAGAGGCAAACUGAUUGAAGAUGAAGACAAUAUACUGGAGGAUGGUACGUUAGUUGAUUUGUGUGGUGCAACGUUACUAUGGCGAUCGGCUAUGGGACUCGUCAAUACUCCAACACAGAGACAUUUAGAGAGGCUACGUCAAGACAUUAACGACACAAGGCCACAGUGUCCUAUAGGCUUUAAUACAUUAGUCUUACCAAAAAAUAGACAGUCUUCUAAGGUUAUGGAGGAGAAGCAACCCUAUGCAUAUUUAAAAUGUGGCCAUGUCCAUGGAUAUCAUGUAUGGAACAGCAUUGAUACGUUGAAGAAUACAGAAAGAAUGUGUCCGAUGUGUAGAGAGGUUGGUACAUAUGAGGCUCUUAUAAUGGGUAAUGAAGCGAGUUUCUAUGUUGACCAGGGCCCUCCUAGCCAUGCCUUCUGUCCAUGUGGACAUGUGUGCUCUGAAAAGUCUGCGAAAUACUGGUCUCAAGUGCCAUUGCCUCAUGGAACCCAUGCAUUCCAGGCUGCCUGCCCGUUCUGUGCCACAGCUCUUAGUGGAGACCAAGGUUACAUCAAACUCAUCUUCCAAGAAGCCAUUGAUUAGACCAUGUCAAUCAUUGGACAUUGGCCUGAACUGCUUCUACUCAAAGCUUAUAAACUAUUGUACAUGUUGAAUCUGUGGAUGAUUUGAUAUGGGUCAUAGCCUAAGUCAUCCUCACUACUCUUGACCCGUUGGUCUGGUCAUCACUGACCACUGGGCCAGGCGCAUGACUGGUCAUUGCUUGAGCACUGGUUCAGGAGCAUAACUGGUCAUAGCUGUCCACUUGCCCAGGAGUAUUACUGAUCAUCACUGAUCACUUGACGAGGAGCGCAGCUGGUCAUCGCUCACCACUUGACCAGGAGCAUUACUGCAAUGAUCAUCACUGACCACUGGACCAGGAGUGCAACUGGUCAUCACUGACCACUGGACCAGGAACAUUACUGGUCAUCACUGAAGACUGGACCAGAUUAAUAGACUGAACAUUGAUCCAUAGACUUCAUGAACUAUUAACAUUGAUGUUUUGGGCUCUGUGUGUGCAUAUUGUUAGUUGUCUGUGUUUUUUUUCAUCACUGCCUAUUGAGAAGAUUUGUGAUUAUUUUCGCCGGAACAACCUUCCUUGCACCUUAUGGACAAGUACACAACAGAAUCGCUUAAAGGGAAUGACUUAUUAUAAUUGUAUUAUGUUGCAUCGCAUCAAUGUGUUGAUACACUUCCAAGCCUGCCAUCUGUGAAACCUCUUACAGUGAAUUAAGCAAAGUUUGUCCAAAUAGUCUUUAAAAGGCAAUUAGGGGGCAGUUAUAAUGUUAAGACCUUUGUCAGGAGUAUGGAUUUUUUAGCAAUUAAACACUUGCAUAGAUUGAAGUAUAUUACUUUACCUCUUGUCCUACUAGAGUUGAUCCUAAAAAAGGACCGAGCUAUGUUGGAGAUUUAAUGGACAGAGGGGGGGGGGGGUGCAUUAUCCCUCCCCCUUUCUGUUGGCUGUUGUCUUCUUUUGUUUUUACUUCUUCUUUUUUUCAAAGAAAAUCAUUAGAAUGUAUGUAUUCAGCAACCAAAAUCUACCCUUAUUCAAUUAAGGCAGCCAAUCAGUAUGAAAAAUAAUCACUUUAUGAUCUCAGCCUUCCAUUGAGUUGGUACACACUUCACAAAAUGAGUCAUUUUAUUUUUUUACAUGACAUGGUGUCAUGACAAGUCAUGUGGCUUCGGGGAUGGUAUACAAAUACAUAGCAAAUUUAGUCUCAUAAGUUUGUGAGUCUUCAAAGAGAAAAGACUUAAAAUCUUGCUGCCUUAUCUCUGUGUGUUUCAUAAAAAUGGCCCAAAAUGUUGCGGGGGCCAUCAUGCCCCCCCCCCCCCCUGCACCCCAGUCCUUAUAGAGUCAAGAGUAAAAUCUGUAAUGCUUUGAGUCAAUUUCAUACAGUGAUCUGAUAAGACAAUUUACGUGUUAUUUAAAUCGUAGUUAUGUUUUGUUAGAACAUUUCUUUCAGAUAGACAUUAUGAUAAGAUCUUUAUUCUGAGAGAAGGAAACUUGGAGAUGAUAUGGUUGAAAUUUGGGGGGACUGUCUGGGUUCUACAAAGACAUUUUAGAGAAAGCUUUCUUGCCAAAAACAAAUGAUGGCAGGCACUGUGUUUGAAAGAUGAAAAUUUCAAUACCCUACUCUCCAAUGAGAGGUGUGUUUUUUUUUAACCUUUUAUGGAAUUAAAGGAUCCUCUAACAGUUUUUGCCAAAAACAAAUGAUGGCAGGCACUGUGUUUGAAAGAUGAAAAUUUCAAUACCCUACUCUCCAAUGAGAGGUGUGUUUUUUUUAAACCUUUUAUGGAAUUAAAGGAUCCUCUAACAGUAUUCAGUAUACUCUGGAUUAAACUAAUCAUAUGACCAUCAUUAUUGCAUGCUCAAUUUGGAUGAACCUCAUCACAAAAAAAAAUAUAUAUAUAUCAAGUCCCUAGAGAUGCAAUUAAAAUCAGUAUACAAUUCUAGACAUAGCUGCUCUAUACAUAUCAGUGCCUGCUUCUUUUGUUUCUUGAUAUUUUAACUGUUUCACAUGUGUAACGUGUAGCAAUUGUUUGUUGUAACAGGAGUGUUAGAUAUUCCUUUGAGGGCCUACUAAUCCAUAUUAUUUAUUUAUUCACAGUUAGUCGUCUGUUGAAUUUGAAUGUAAUUAGUUCACUCUAUAGAGGACACACUCAUUUUGAACAGUUGAUCUUUAUAAGGGUCACCCUACAUUAGAGUCCUCUGUUUUUUACAUAGUAAAUUAAAAGAAUAACAGAAUUUGGGAAGAACAUGGAACUUACAGAAUCUCAUGGAAUGCACAAUUUUCCAGGCAAAUGAAACGGAAAACUUGGUUCUUUACCAUACAUGUGAUUAAUAUCUUUCAACAUGUAGUUUGCAUGUAUUCUUGAGGUUAUGUAGCAAAUAUGAUAAAUGAGUCAUUCUUAACCAAUCACUACUGAAUGCUCUAAUUCCCAUGACUUUGUAGUUUGUAGAGGGACUACCCCAUUCCCAUAUCCAAGGGGUUAAUUGAUUUGGUGUUAACACUCUAUUAUACUCUUGACAUAGUUUCUUUGUCCUCAUGAAUGAUAUAUUUAGUUCAAACUUGUCUGUGCCUUGUGCUCACAAGAAGAAAGGCUUGGAAUUCAUCAUAUUUGUUGCAAAGAAGCAUUCUUUUUUUAUUUAGGUGUGAAAGUGACCAAAUAUUUGUGUGCCUUGUCUGUCUCAUUCUGGCAAAUGAGUUGCUUGAUUUUUCUGCUGAUUAGUCCAAGCUAUAAACAUUUGAAUUGAUUUUAGGUGUCAUGGUAGUCAGUUAGUUCAACAUAUCCAUGGUUUAGUUCAUAUUCAUAAAGUGACUCAUUUAAUUGUUUGUAAAACAAAGAAAGAAGAUAAUCUACAAAUAUUGACCCAAAGGUCAAUAAGAACUUGAAUUUAAAUGAACUUAUUUCUUCUCAAUUGAGCAAUUUAUAAGAAGUCAACAUUUCACCCUAACAACUUUAAUAAUAUAACAGACAUUUAUUGAUAAGCAUUCUGAUUUUAUAAGAGAAAUAUAUAUUGCCAUGUCUUGAAAGACAUGACUUGACAUAUGUUCAUGAAUUAAUUGCUGUGGUUUUGUCAUUCUGUCCAGAAAUGUAGGUAUUAACAUAUAUUAGAAAAUCUGAAAUGGAUCUACCAGUGGGUGUAUUGCAGAUGAUAUGAUGUGAUAAGGGGUUUGAUAAGGAGUUUUCAUGAAGUGAUUUAUCUGUUAUAAGCUAUUGAUAUGCUUACAUUUGAUUGGCUAAGAUCAAAUUUGUAGGAGAAAAAUGUCUAAUAAGGUAUUUGAUGAAAUGCCCCUCAGGAGGCAACCGAAGUAGCUUUCAUUGACGUGUGCUCUUUUAGCCCUUUUCAUGAUGUAAAUACCAUAGAUAUGUCAAUGUAUUAUCAAUCGGUUCAGCAUUGUAGUCCAUAUUGCCUCAAGUUUGCAAACAAAAUUUCUACUUUUGAUUUAGAUUUAGAUUUUUAAAUCAGCUCUGAGUUGAUGAUGAUAAUGCAUUUUCCUCUAUCAUAAAAAGUAUUUCAUUCAUUAUGAUAUUUGUUUAGAAAAAAAUUAUUCAAAAUAAAAUUUAUUGACCAAAAUAGAAUAGAUGAAUAAAUAGGAAAGAACCAGAAUUAAGUUUAUUGCGCAAUGAGACACCUUACAAAGAUCAGACUAACAUUAGUUAUCAAAUAAUUGAAAACUUUUCAUCGGCAAACAUUCCACAAUGAUAAAUGUGAUGACCGACCGCAAUUGCAGCACUAGGCUUGAUACUUCACAAAUACAGAAAAGGCUUUUUGGAAGCUCAAAAAUUGGAACAAAACAGAUAGGGUACAUGCAACUCCCCCUGAUUCACAAUGCCAUAACAGUUAAACAAAACACGAUUGUGCAAAAUUCUGAAGUUAUUCAAUGAUAGUCAUUAGAAUUAUCUCAUUUAUUGUUUAUGAUAUUCAUAAAAAAGGAAGGAGUUACUCCUUUUACUGUUAAGUUUCGUUUCUGCAAAGGUAGCAAUCACAUUUAAAAGAAUGAAAAUAGAUUAAUAUGCAACAUAUGGAUUUUACAGUGUGUAAUUGCUGACCUAUUGAUUUUAAUACAAUAUUAGAUUAUUACUUUACAGAUACCAUUCCACUGUAUUUAUUCAGUUUGAAUAAUUAUUUUGGUUAUAUACUGAGUUGUGAAAUUUGAUUAUUUCAAAUUACUGUUGAUUUUGCAGAACAGUGUUCCUGACUAUAUGUACUUUAGACUUUCAUUUGUCUUAGAGAAUUCAGUGACUUUCACUCAUUCAGAAACUCAUCAUUGAUGUAAUGUCAUUCUAAUUCUUCCUUAUUGAUUGAUACUGAAUGCACACAAAUGCUGAAUAAACAAAGAAAACUUCUUUUUUUUUCAGAUGAAAAGAUUUAAAACUCAUUCGAAAGUUCACUGGUCAUUACAACUCCAUGAAUAAUGUAAAUAAUAGUGUAUUGGAAUUUGGGAGUGUAAAUAAAAAGGUUUUUUUUUUCAUUAGUGAGUCAAUUUUGUCAAGAAGAACUGUGAAUAAGUACAUGUAUUUAUGUACAAAUCAUUAUAUUGCUAACUCUAUGGAGAAUAUUCUUAUUUAUUACAAUGUACAAUUAACUUAUUUGCUCUGAUGAAAGAAAUGAGAAAUUUGAAUUUCAUUUUAUGUGGAAAUGUACUUUUAUAUCUUUCGUUCCAUUUCAACUUGAACAGUGUAUUAAGAUGUCAUGUAUUGGAGUUAUUAUAUAUUUUCAUUUUGGCAAAGUCUGGAUGGAAUUAAUAUGAUAUUGACUAUCAUAAUGUAUCUCAGUAUUACACAAUAUUGCAGAUUAUUUUAGGUGGAAUAUAUAUUUUUACCAAUUCUAUUUAUUUUGCAGAGAACAUGCCUUUGUUAUGAUUCCUUGUAAUAUUUUUACUUGUGCAGAUAGGUAGUUCCCACGAGUAUGAGACGUGGCUUAUUAGCCCCCCCCCCCCUCCCCGACUCAUCAGUUUUAUUUACAAUGCACAGACAGACUGCAAUAUCUAGUAAAUGAUAUGUACAUGUAUUUUGGUAUUUAAAAAGUCAAUUAGGUCAUCAUUAUCCAGCCGUACUCCCCAUGUAUUUGCCCGCAUAUAGAAACCACACACUUAAUCUCAUUAGAUUUGCAUCUCAUUGAAAUACAACUAAAACUCUAUUGGGACCAAUAUUUAACUGGUGAGUGUUUCAUGAAGCAACUUGCACUGAGCCAAUUGAUGCAAGGAUUUCAGUAGCUUAUAACAAGCAGAGAAAAAUCAGCAUUUAUUUUAUGCAACACUCCUAUCUAUUUCCAGUGGAGGAAUGAUGGACAAGAGUUAUUUCAUUCAGUUUUAAUAUUGCUGGUACAUUUCCAUUGACAUGAAUUUAUUUGAAGUAAUCCUUUUUAAGCUGACGUGGUUAGGGUGAAAUUACUGUAUAAUUUUUUUUCAUUCUCACUGAAAUGCAUAUGUUGCGAAUUGAGUAAAGUUGUAUUGGUGAGAAUGAAGAUGACUAAAUCCUGCCAGAAACAUAAUGGCACAAAUUCACAAAGGUGGUUUGGAUUGGGUUGAAACCGUGGUUUAUGCAGAUUUUAUGAUCCACUUAUUUUUACUUCAUUCAAAGCGUAUGCUGAGAAUGUAUCCAAUAGUGAGUGCACACUUUAUCAGGGCACUACUAAAUUCCUGCUUGUUAUUAGGUAACAGCAUUAAUGAGACCACUUUAAUUAAUGAGUCUAUACAGUUUGUGUAUGACAGUUGGCUCAUUAAUGCAGUAUCAAAAUGACGGACGUGAAUUAGUGCCCUGUGAUAUAAGUGCAUAUUCAUGAUUGGAGCAAGCUUUGUCAGAAGAUGUGCUGAAAUAAGCAUCAUCAGUGCAUGAAAGCUGCAUGAGCAAUUGUUUCAAACCACAGAUUCAAAACCACUUUUGUGAAUUUGAAAAAGAGUUUAAAAGAGGUUAAACGGAAAGCAGCAUUUAUACAGGCUCUUUUGAAUUACAACAUAAGGAAGAGAAUAUGUGCAAUUGUUGUGCUGAAAUGUGUCCUUGUAUUUAAAUUUCUACAAAAUAACGGAAGAAUGAUGUCGCUUGCUUCCCAGAAAUGCAUUUUACAUACUGGGGGUAAUAGUUUGCAUGUAAACUGGAUUGAGCACAUCUGUGUUAUUACUCCAAGACAUGAGGAGAGUCAGUGAUAAACCACUUCUAUAACAACCUUGCAAGUUUUCAUUGUGAACUGCUCGUUGAAAAAAAAAGAAGAGAAGACAAUCUUAUCAUCUUGAGUCGUAUCCUAACAAAAUCUAUGCUGAAAUAGGUACAUGAAAAUGUAUUAGAUGUGCAUACUGUUUAUGCAAUGGUGAUGUGAAAAUAAAAGGUUGAAUUAAAAAAUGCUUUCCAUUAUUGUGAAGAGAUAAUAGAGAGCACGACUGCAUUAAUAGUGUACUGUAUUUGUAAGAUGUGGCACAAUGUGAAAAUAAAAUGAAAACCUUUCCAUUUUCAGAAAGUA